AUGAGUUAUCAAAAUAAUAAUAGAGGUGGCAACAAUGGCGGAGGUGGAAGAUAUAAUAACUAUGGCGAUGCAGGUGGAUAUAAUAAUAGUGCAUUUAAUAUGAAUAGAGGGAAUAAUGGUCCAUUUGGGAAUAGAGGUUAUAAUAAUAAUAAUAAUAAUAAUAAUAAUAUGAAUAAUAAUAAUAUGAAUAUGAAUAAUAAUAAUAACAAUAAUAUGAAUAACAUGAAUAAUAAUAAUAAUAUGAAUAUGAAUAAUAAUAUGAAUAAUAAUAAUAUAAACAAUAAUGUAUAUUUAAAUAGAGGUGGUAAUAAGGUUUACACGAGUAACCAACAAUCAAAUCAAAUGUAUAAUCAACAACAACAACAGCAACAACAGCAACAAUCAUUUCAAACAUCACCACAUUUUUUACAACAACAACCAGCUUUAUCAAAUAUACCUACUAGCAGUUCACAUUAUGACUCUACUCCGACAUAUUCAGGAAAUCCAUUUCAAAUGCAAAAUAAUAAUAGACAAAAUGAUGACUAUUUAAGUAGUUAUGAUAGAUUAGGCCAACAAUAUAAUUCAAAUAAUAAUUUAAAUAAUAAUAAUAAUAAUAAUAAUAUUAAUAAUAAUAAUAAUAGUAAUAGUAAUAGUAAUAGUAAUAAUAAUAAUAAUAAUAAUCUUAUGUCAAAUAAUAAUACUAUUCAAUCUCCAAUAAUGAGAUACAAUAAUAUAGCUGGAGGUGGACAAUAUGGUGGUGGAUAUGAUUCACCAAUUAACAAUAAUAUAAAUAAUAGUAAUAAUAAUAAUAAUAAUAAUAUAAAUAAUAAUAAUAAUUAUUCACCAACAUAUGACAGCGGUAAUAAUUAUUCAUCACAGUUUUCAUCAACAUUUUCGUCAUCAACAAAUACAAAUUCAUCAUCAUCAUCGUCAUCGUCACCCUUCAAUACUGAAAACUCGAAAGGUUUUUUAAAUCAGUAUAUGAUAAAAUUAGGUAAAAGACCAAAUAAUCAAUAUAUUUCAUCAUCAUCUCAAGGCCAACCACCCAAUCAAACAUUCGAAACUAUUUUUGAAUUACCAUUUCCACCAAAUUUUGGUAAAGAGCCAAUGAGAAUUAUUGGUAAAGGUCCCACUAAAAAUGACUCAAAGACUCAAUGUGCAGAGAAGGCUUGUAAAGUAUUAAGUGACAUGGGUUUAAUCAACCUCUCAGCCACAAAGGGUUCAGUUGCUUCAACAACUUCAGCACCAGAAAAUGAAGUUACACCAGACAAUUUAUCCGACUAUCAAAUGAAUGAAUCUAAAAAAAUUAUUUCCCAAAAAAGUAUUAGAUGUAGUUCUUUGGAGUUUGAAAAUUGUUGUUUAUUAAUUCACAGUAAUGGUGGCAUCAAUGGUAUUUUAGGACCUUCAGGUAUGAGUUGGAAAUUUGAUGCAGCAAAAAGAAAGAUCGAACAAUAUGCCAAACAAUUUAGUUUUCCAGAGAAUAAAAUUUAUAGAACUCACGAAGUACCAAGAGGUUUGAAAUCAAAGAUAUUUAUUGUUGAAAUGUAUUUACCAAUCGAAAAUACAUUACAAAAAAUUACUAGAACUGAAUCGGAUAAUAAAAAAUUAUCAGAAAAUUUAGCUGCUGUUGAUGCAUGUGAAUAUUUAUUAGAAAAUGAAUUGGUUCAACCAGAAUAUAAAGUACCAAAAUCCUCUACAUCAAGUGAUGAAUUUUUCAAAAUUAAUUAUGAUAUACCACAGGAUUUAAUAGAACAAUCACAAUUCUCUUUAGAUUAUAUUAUAGAUCAAAAUAAAAAUUUUACACCAAAACAAAGCAUCAUUCUCAAUAAAAAGAUUCAAACUUAUGAACCUCAAAUGUCAAUUUUGGAUUGCAAAUCACAAGAGGAAAUUUCAGAAAUUGGUAUCGAAAAGAAGAUAUUUGAAGAAAGAAAGAAAAAUACAGCAGAAUAUCAAAGAGUUUAUCAAAAGAGAACCGAAUUACCAAUUUUUAAACAAAGAAGACAUUUAAUCGAUUGUAUCAAAAAUAAUCAAAUUAUUAUUAUUAUGGGUGAUACUGGUUGUGGUAAAACAACUCAAAUUCCACAAUAUGUUAUUGAGGAUAUGAUAGAGUCUAAUCAUGCUCCAUAUUGUAAUAUUAUUAUGACUCAACCAAGAAGAAUUUCUGUACUUGGUGCAGCGGAAAGAAUGGCAUAUGAAAGACUUGAAAAGGUUGGUGAUACUAUUGGUUAUCAAAUAAGAUUCGAAAAUCAACAACCAACUGGUACCUCUAAACUUUUAGUUUGUACACCAGGUAUCCUUUUAAAGAGAAUGUAUUCAGAUAAGAAAUUACAUAAUGUUAGUCAUUUAUUCAUUGAUGAAGUUCACGAAAGAGAUAUUCAUACCGAUUUCCUUUUAAUUAUUUUAAAAAAAUUAUUAGAGGAUAAUAUCAAUUUAAGAGUAAUUUUAAUGAGUGCCACCAUUGACAAUAGCUCGGUUUCAAGAUAUUUUAAUGAUUGCCCAGUAUUCAAUGUUUCGUCAUAUAGCCAUGUUGCAAGGGAAUAUUUCCUUGAAGAUAUUUCAAAACAAUUAAAUGAUCAAUCUAUCGUUUACAAGGAUGAACAAUCUGAUGAUGUAGAUCAUGCAUUAAUUCUUCAAAUUAUGACCCAUAUUGUUACAAAGGUUUCAAAUAGUACCGAAGAUUCAAUUUUAGUAUUUUUACCAGGUUGGGAAGAUAUUUCACAAACAAGAGAAUUAAUAAGAGGACAUCCAUUAUUCAAAAAUGAAAAUCAAUUUUUAGUAUUGGCACUUCACUCUAGUGUUUCUAUGCAACAACAAGCUAAAGUAUUCGAUAGGCCUCCACCAAAAGUUAGAAAGAUUGUUUUGUCAACAAACAUUGCAGAAACUUCAAUUACAAUUAAUGAUGUGGUUUACGUUAUUGAUUCAGCCAAAGUGAAAUUGAAGUAUCAUGAAACACAAAGAGAUUUAACUUUGUUCCAAACGGUUUGGGCAUGUAAAUCUUCUUUGAAACAAAGAAGAGGUAGAGCAGGUCGUGUUAGAAAAGAUGGUGUUUGCUAUCAUUUGGUUUCAAGAGAUCGUUAUAAUUCAUUAGAUGACUUCCAAUUGCCUGAAAUGCGUCGUAUGCCAUUGCACGAACUUUGCCUUCAAGUUAAAGUUUUGGUUUUGGGUAGUAUUGGUGAGUUUUUAUCAGAUGCACUCGAACCACCCGAAGCAAAAGCGAUCGAUAAUGCUAUUAAUCUUUUAAUAGAUUUAGGUGCACUUUCAAGCCAACAAGAUUUAACUCCAUUGGGUUUAAGACUUUCAUUCAUUCCAGUUGAUCCAAGAAUCGGUAAAAUGAUUAUCCUUAGUAGUUUCUUUAGAUGUCUUGACCCUAUUCUCACCAUUGCAUCGUUCUCUAAUCAAAAGAAUCCAAUUUUAAAUUUAUUCAAUCAAGAUAAUAGUUAUCAAAAUAAUUUCUCAUCCCAACUUUAUCCAGAGCAUCAAAGUGACCACAUUUCAUUCUUAAAUAUUUUCAACAACUGGCUACAAUCUAAACUUGAAGGCAGAGAGGAGGAAUACUGCAGAGAUUUCCUUUCAAUCCCAUUACUUAACCAAAUUCUCAAAGUAAAAAAACAACUUUUAGCUACCAUUUAUGAAUUGGGCAUUGUUAAUAUCCAAUCCCUUUCAAAUGGUUUUGUUCUCGACGAUUUCUUUAAUGCCAAUAGUAGAAAUUUCGAUAUUAUCAGAUCCAUCAUUUGCUCAGGUUUAUUCCCAAAUGUUGCAAAGCAAAGAAAGAAAAGAGAGUUCAAAACUCUUUCAGAAAAUACAUUUUUACAUCCAUCUUCAAUUGUUUAUAAUCUCUUCCAAGAGUUAAAUUCAAAAGAUAAUUGGGUAAUCUUUGAAGAGAAAUUCAAAACCAAGUUAACCUUUAUUAAAACUAUUUCUAGAAUCCCAGAAAUCUCUUUAUUAUUAUUUGGUUCAACUCCUAUUUUUACACAAACCUCCCAAGACUAUUCAACCAUUGCAAUUCAUGGUACUCCAAUUAAAUUUUAUGUACCAACAAAUUCUUGUCAUCUUUUACUAUCAAUUAGAGAACAGAUGGAAAAGGCUCUUUCAAAAUAUGUCGAAUAUAAUAAUUAUAGUAAUCACUUUACAAAGGUUGAUUAUGAAUUCGAAAAAGCACUUAUUUCAUUAUUAAGAUUCUCCAGGGGCUAA